GCCCCCAGCUCAGGCCCCCAAGCCCAGGGCGGCGACUCACCGCCAGGUGGGUCUGCAGGCCACACAGGUGAGGCACGCAGCCCGGAGUGAGCCCCAGGCCCCACAGGGGCCUCCGUGUCACUUGCCCCCACCCUGCAGCAUGGACCCAGAAGUGUACCAGGACAUGGAGGAGGACACAGCCACAGGCUUCACCUGGGAGGUGAAGGCCAACAGCCGCGCCUUCAACCAGCGGUUCAAGGAGAAAGUCUUUCUCUGCUGGACUCGGCACAAGUACAAGACCAAUGUGAUCCACACGGCCAAAUACAACUUCUUCUCCUUCCUGCCCCUGAACUUGUUUGAGCAGUUCCAGCGCAUGUCCAACCUCUACUUCCUCCUCAUCAUCAUCCUCCAGGGCAUCCCCGAAAUCUCCACGCUGCCCUGGUUCACCCUCUUUGCCCCGCUGGUCUGCCUCAUCAGCCUCCGAGCCGCUCGGGACCUGGUGGACGAUAUCGGGCGACACCGGAGUGACAGGAUUGUCAACCGGAGGCCCUGCAAGAUCCUGGUGGGGAAGAGCUUCCUGUGGAGAAGAUGGAUGAACCUGUGCGUGGGGGACCUGGUGUGCCUCCACAAGGACAACACCGUGCCGGCCGACCUGCUCUUGCUGGUCAGCACGGAGCCCAGCAGCCUCUGCUACGUGGAGACGGCGGAUAUUGACGGGGAGACGAACCUGAAAUUCAGACAGGCUCCCAUGGUCACCCACCACGCCCUCACCAGCGUGCGGAACAUUGCCAACUUCCAAGGCAAGGUGGUGUGCGAGGAGCCCAACAGCCGGAUGCACCACUUCGUGGGCUGCCUGGAGUGGAAGGGCCACAAGUACCCGCUGGACAGCGGCAACAUCUUGCUGCGCGGCUGUAAGAUCCGAAACACAGACACCUGCUACGGGAUGGUCGUCUAUGCCGGCUUCGACACGAAGAUCAUGAGGAACUGCGGGGACGUGCGGCUGAAGAGAACCAAGAUCGACGUCCUGAUGAACAGGCUGGUGGUGCUGAUCUUCCUGCUGCUGGUGCUGGUGUCGCUGCUGCUGACUGUGGGCUUCUGGGACAAGGUGCGGGAGGUGAAGGCCAAGCACCACUACCUGUGGGCCAGCCACCCCCGCAGCGCCGAGGCCGAGAGCUUCCUCCUCUUCUGGGGCUUCCUCAUCCUGCUGAGCGUCAUGGUGCCCAUGGCCAUGUUCAUCAUGGCGGAGUUCGUCCAUCUGGGCAACAGCGUGUUCAUCGGCUGGGACGCGGAGCUGCUGGACGCCGAGCGGGGCCUGUGGGCGCGGGCGCGCAGCACCAGCCUGAGCAACGGGCUGGGCCAGGUGCAGCACGUGUUCUCCGACAAGACCGGCACCCUCACGCGCAACGUCAUGACCUUCAACAAGUGCUGCGUGGCCGGCCGCGUCUACGGUCCUGAUGAAGAGGCGGCCUCCGAGAACCCCUACGCCUGGAACAAGUUCGCGGAUGGCAAGCUGCGCUUCUUCAACCGGGAGCUGCUGACGGCCGUGCGCACAGGGCAGGACCCCUCCGUGCAGGAGUUCUGGCGGCUGCUGGCUCUCUGCCACACCGUCAUGGCGCAGGAGAAGGAUGACCAGCUGGUGUACCAGGCGGCUUCCCCUGAUGAGGAGGCGCUGGUGACGGCCGCCCGCAACUUUGGCUUCGUGUUCCUGGCACGCACGCAGGACAGCAUCACGCUGGUGGAGCUCGGCGAGCAGCGAGUCUACCAGGUUCUGGCCAUGAUGGAUUUCAACAGCGUCCGCAAGCGGAUGUCGGUGCUCGUGCGGGACCCCGAGGGCACCAUCGUCCUGUACACCAAGGGCGCCGACACCGUCAUCUUCGAGCGUCUGCGUCGGAAGGGUGUCACCGAGUGGAACACGGAGGAGGCCUUAGCCAGCUUCGCCCAGCAGACCCUGCGGACCCUGUGCCUGGCCUACAAGAAGGUGGACAAGAGCGACUUUGAGAGCUGGCACCAGCGCCACCAGGAGGCCAGCAUCAUGCUGCACAACCGCGCGCAGGCGCUGCAGCAGGUUUACGAGGAGAUGGAGCGCGACCUGCAGCUGCUGGGCGCCACGGCCAUCGAGGACCGGCUGCAGGACGGGGUCCCCGAGACCAUCCAGUGCCUGAAGGAGGGCAACAUCAAAGUGUGGGUGCUCACGGGGGACAAGCAAGAAACUGCUGUCAACAUCGGCUUCGCCUGUCAGCUGCUGUCGGAGGACAUGCUGAUCCUGGAGGAGAAGGACAUCCUCCAGAUCCUGGAGGCUUACUGGGAGAGCAACGGCGACGGCGGCGGCGGGGAGGAGAAGCGGAGCCGCCUCAAGAACCGGCUGCCCGCGCACUUGAAGAUGGCCAUGGUGCUGAAUGGGGACUUCCUGGACCAGCUGCUGCACAGGGACGCCGGCCUGCCGGGCUGUGGGCCGCUGGACAGCUCGUCGUGGCAGGAGCCGGGGCCGCUCGAGGAGGACGCGCUCGGCCGGCGCAAGGUGUCGCUGCUGUGGCGGGCGCUGGACAUGCCGCUGCGGGGCGCGGGGCUGGGGGGCCGGGACCCCGAGGCGGAGGAGCGCGCCAGCCUGGAGCGGCGGCAGGAGCUGGCCUUCGUGGACCUGGCGGCCCGGUGCCAGGCCGUGCUGUGCUGCCGCGUGACACCCCAGCAGAAGGCGCUGGUCGUGGCGCUGGUCAAGAAACACCUGAACGUCGUCACCCUGGCCAUCGGCGACGGCGCCAAUGACAUCCACAUGAUCAAGACGGCGGACAUCGGUGUGGGGCUGGCGGGCGCGGAGGGCAUGCAGGCCGUGCAGAGCAGCGACUACGUACUGGCUCAGUUCCGCUUCCUGCGCCGCCUGCUGCUGGUGCAUGGCCGCUGGUCCUACCUGCGCGUGUGCAAGUUCCUGCGCUAUUUCUUCUACAAGACGGUGGCCAGCAUGCUGGUGCAGGUCUGGUUCGCCUUCUACAGCGGCUUCUCUGCGCAGCCGCUCUACGAGGGCUGGUUCCUCGCGCUGUUCAACCUGCUGUACAGCACGUUGCCCGUCCUCUACAUCGGCCUCUUCGAGCAGGACGUGAGCGCGGAGGAGAGCAUGCGCCGGCCGGAGCUGUACGUGGCGGGGCAGCGGGACGAGCUCUUCAACCUGCGGGUGUUCCUGCGGGCGCUGGCCCACGGCGCCGCCACGUCCAUGGUCAACUUCUUCUUCACGCUGGGCGCCGGCUGGGACUCGGGGCCCCUGCACAGCUACCAGGCCUUCGCCGAGGCCGUGGCCAUGUCCUGCCUGCUGUCCGUCACCGUGGAGGUCGUCCUCAUCAUCAGGUACUGGACGGUGCUGGCGCUGCUGGCGCUGGGCCUGAGCCUGGGCGCCUACGUGACUGUCACCUGGGCCACGCAGAGCUACUGGCUGUUUCGCCUCUCCCCCAAGACCUUCCCCUUCCUGUACGUGGACUUCAACGUGCUAAGGGAGCCCUGUACCUUCCUGGUGGUGCUGCUCAACGUGGCGGUGAACACGCUUCCCGUGCUGGCCCUGCGCCUGGUGCAUAAGGCCCUCAGGAAGCCACGUCGCAAGGUGGAGGUGCCAGUACCCAUCCCGAUCGAGGAGCCAGUCCCCUACCUGCGGAGGGACACCCGCGCCCGGCGCUCCAGCUACGCCUUCUCCCACCGCGAGGGCUACGCCGACCUCAUCACGCAGGGCACCAUCCUGCGGCGGUCUGGCGGCAUGGAGAGCGACAUCCUCAGGGACCCGGGCGUGCAGUCCGACGUGGACCUGGGACCCGAACAGCGGGAGCCCCGGCAGUGGCUGGGGAGGCGGUGGCUGAGGCCACGAGGCAGGGUCUCCUCGGACCACACCCAGUCCUCUGUCAGCUCCUCCAUGACCAAGGAGCGGCCAAAGUCCCCCGCCCCGAGGAGCCCCGCAACCCCCGAAGACGCACAGCCGCCGCCUCCCUCGGAGCCCCCCAUCCCGGGGAGCCCCCAGCCCCCCGAGUACCAGCAGAGCUCCCACGAGAGGCUGCUCCAGUGGGACUUCCUGUGGCCCCUGGUCUGGUGGAGGAGACCCACCAAGGAGGAGCGGGGCCUGGCACUCCCAAAGGCCCAGCCGCAGGAGGGGGCAGACACCCCGGGGCAGGACGAGGGUGGGGGACACCCACCGUGAGGGGCCCACCUUUUCAUCCAGUAAACCAGGUGCCCCUGGCCCCUGGGCUCCUCAGG